CCGGAAGUGGGUGGUGGAGUCACCGUCAUCCAACUGGUCACACCAUCGCCGACAUACUGCCUGCUGGGAUGUAGUUCUCCACCGGAAAACUACAAAUAUUGUUAGAAAUCGGAGAUCACUUACGAUCUCGGCGAUAACUCGUCGAAAGGAUCCGCUACCAUCGUUCAGUUUGGAGGAGAAAGGAGGAAAGAGGCGCGUUGCCAAAAUGAUGGAAGAAAUAGACAGAUUUCAAGUGCCGAGUGCUGUACAGGAGGCGGAGAUGCAGGCUGAGAUGCAGCCGCUGGACCCUGCCUCGUCCACAGCUUCAGAGGCUGACUCAGACACCAGAGAGGGGGAGCCUGUCACUAUAAACUACAAGCCUUCACCUUUGCAGAUGAAAAUAGAGAAACAGAGAGAGCUGGCUAGGAAGGGCUCGCUGAAGAACGGCAACACUGUAGGUAGUCCAGUCAACCAGCAGCCCAAGAAGAACAAUGUCAUGGCCAGAACACGGUUGGUAGUUCCCAAUAAAGGCUAUUCGUCUUUAGACCAGAGCCCAGAUGAGAAGCCUUUGGUGGCCCUAGAUACAGACAGUGACGAUGACUUUGACAUGUCUAGAUACUCCUCAUCGGGAUACUCUUCAGCCGAGCAAAUCAAUCAAGAUUUGAACAUUCAGCUGCUGAAAGAUGGCUACCGCCUUGACGAAAUCCCUGACGACGAGGACCUGGAUCUGAUCCCACCCAAAUCAGUCAACCCUACCUGCAUGUGCUGCCAGGCAACCUCCUCUACCACCUGUCAAAUACAGUAACCCUGCCUUUCCAGCCUUCUGCCCCCCUGCUCUUUUCCACACAACAUGAGCUCCCCUGCCCUCCCGUCUUUAUCUGCUGUGACUUUACUUCGCCAUGACCGUGGCGACAGUGAGACCUUGUUAGAAUAUCGUAAGUGCUAUGAUGAUAUUGACAACAACAAAUAAUCAAAUUACCUUAUAGAAACCUUGGUUUAAAAUCUAGGAGAAUGAACAUGUUUGAAAUUAAUCAAUAUGUAAUAAAAAGAUUACUAAAGCGAUGGUUUCCUCCUAUGGUAGGACUUGCACUUGUGUUUGAGAGCUCUUCUCCUGGUCAACAUGAUUUAACAUAACACACUGAUAAAAGCUGACAAAAAAGAAAAGUUUGUUUGAUGCUCUAAAGUGAUUUCAGUUUCCCAGAAGAAUAAGAAACAUUAUCAUAACUGACUCAGCUGUUCUGUUUACCUGAAUUCUGAGUUGCAUUUAUAUAUUUUUUAUUUUCUAGUUUGUUUGUUUUUAUUUAAAUGCUUACUUUUUUAACCUGAGGGAUCAUUAAGAUUGAAUGUGCUGAUGCUCAGAUAUUUGAUAGUGUCGUAGAAGUCUGAUUCUCCAAACAGAGGAAACUGUAUUGUUGUUGUACCUUAAGGGGUUAAUAUGUAGCACAGGCCAGGUCAUUGCACUCAUUAACACCACCUUCAAGACUUCUGCUCUCUCUGCCUAAAUGGCAAAGAGAGAUGUGGCAUCACAGAGUUUAGGAGUGAAUGUAUGAAAUCGAAUAGCUGAGGAACAAACUGCAUGAAGAGCAUCUGACUGAAUAAUCGAAUGGUAAAUAAUGAGCAAGUAGCUUUUUGCACCACAGUUAAUUUGUGCAAUCACACACUACUGUUGUUGCAUUGUUUUCAAUUUGCACAUUUUGCUUUUUACUUUUUUUGGGGAGCCCUUAUCAUUGUACUGUUUCCUGCAGAGCAGUGAAAAUGAACUGUGUAGAAAGGGAUGAUUACAUAUUGUUUCUUGCUCUGAUCCCUGCGUUAUCAAGGCCAAAGCAACCUGAUGAUCACCGGACACUCCCUCCUUCCCGUUUCUGUGUCAGUGCCACAGAUCAUUAGGUGAACACAGGCUCACACACCAGAGGGGGUGUACUUCGAAGUGAGAUUAAUGAGCUAACGGGCUAUCUUAAGCUUAAAGUCAGAGAUUUAAGUGUUAGAAAGGUUGCUGUCUUUUCACCUGACUAAAUCAUCAUGGUAAAUACUGCUGAUCGCAAAAAACGAAAGCCAGACUUAACAAAGGCAGCUGACAGCCACUGUUGUGGCGUUUUAGGUUUUGUCAAGCCAACUAACACAAAGAUAGCCUGGCUAUGUUGAAUUUGCUUCAUGGUAUACGUCUUAGAAAGAUGACUCAACUCACACACACAAACAUGCAUAUGCAUGCAUAGACCUACAAUGCCAAAAUAAUAAGUGAGACAGCAUCGAUUUCUGUUUUGAACAGAAUGGAAAUCGUUUUGCUAUUGCAACAUCAAGGAUCGUUGACUUGGAGCACUAAUGCCCUUCAUUUACGACCCUCUCUCCUCUAAAUUAGCUGUUUAUUUGCAAUUAGAGUAUGCCUUAAGUAUAGAAAAAACUUAAAAGAUGUCUGUGUUCAUGCCAUCUUGAUUAGUUUAUUUGAAGAGCAUUUGCUGUCUAAGAAGUUAUGCUUUUUUUUCUUUUUACAUUUAGACACAAGUGAUAACUGUUUUUUUCUUCUUCUUUUUUUAAAAAAAGGAAAACAAAAGAUUUUCUUGUAAUGUAAACACUUCCAUUACAGUAUUUAACAAUGUUAUGUGCAGUGUAUGAAAACAACAAAUAAACAAAAUGCAAAUGAAACAGCGUCUGAUGCGCUUUGUUAUCCAUAAUAACAUUAUUCAUAAUUUUUUUAUGGUAAUAUAUAAUAAUGGCUGUACGGUGUGACCUAUGAGUGUGAGAUGUGAAAAAGAAGAAAGAGGCGAAUGCUUAAAAAGAAAAAAACCAAAAGAUAAUUUUAAUGUUAAAACAUUUGAGCAACAAUUAUUACACAGGUAUGUGUAUUGCAAUAGCAUGGGAUUUGCAUUGACAGUCCCUGAUUACAGUACAGUAGCAUCAGAAGUAAGGGCUUCAACCUGAAAGGCACCAGCAUCCAAUCACAGUCAUCAUAAUGCCAAAAAAGAAGAAAAAUGAAAUAAAAUAAGCAUUUCACUUCACAAAUAUAUGUAGUUUGUAUUCUACAAGCUACAGACUCUAUUUGGACAUUUGAAUGCAUCCUGUUACAAGUACAAAAGAAAGCUAAUGACAUCAAUGAUAAUUCAUCUGGCUCCUGUAGUGGCUUAAUAAGACCUGUCAUUCCAUUCGUAAUAUUAUAAAAGAUUCCCAGACAAAUAAAACAUACACUGUACCAAAGAAAAUACAUACAAACAUGCUACAUGAUGGAAUUUGUUGAACUAACCAAGAAAGCACUCCUCAAAUGGAAGGACAAACAAUAAGAAUAAAAAUAAUAAUAACAAUAAUAAUAAUUAGGACUCUAUGCUGCGAGAAAUGUUGUGCUUCCAUGUCAACACCAGGGGGUGUAAUUUUAA